AUGGUGACAGAAAGGUCUUCACACACUGCUCUGGUUGGGGUUUAUAUUUUACUCCUUAUCAUCAUUGUGACUGGAACACAGUCAGAUUCUUAUACACUAGAUGUCGCUAAGUCGGGAGAUGCCAAAAAAUGCCUUGCAGGAAUGGGAAAACGUGUUACCCGUUUUGGAGUUUUACCGGGGUCAGGAUGGGAUAAUCUAAGAAAUAAGGUCUGUGGACUAGUUGUUUCUUUUAAUUAUUCCGAGUGCGUUACAACAGAUGAUGGCAAUUAUUUAAUACCAGACAAUGUUUUCACUGUCCCCAUCAAAACAAGUCAGGUAGAAGUCCAAGGUGAAUAUUUUCAUCAUUGGUCUGAAUAUACUUCAACGACAUCACCUUCAAUAAAUGUUGGUGCGGGGUUUAAUGGAAAAUUACAAAUAAGCGGUAGUUUCUCUUUUGAAAAAGAAAGAGUUAAGAAGAAUCAGAUUGCGAACAAUGCUGUAACAACUCGUGUACAGGCAAGAUAUAUCCGUUAUUCAGCCAAGCUUCAGCAAACGUCACAACUUAAUCCGGCAUUUCGUCAGCAAAUAAAAAACAUUGCAGAGAAUAUACAAAAGAAUUUCUCAUCCGUAGCUGAGUAUGAAAGUCAAGUAUUAGUUCGAGAUUUUGGAACACACGUCGUAUCUAGCGUCGAUGCAGGAGCUGUUGUUUCACAAGUCGAUGAAAUCAAAUCAUCUUUUUUGAAGAGUGUGAAUAAAGACAGAACCAAAAUUAUCACUGCAGCAAGGACAAGUUUUCUUCGAAAAUUCAAUUUCUUUUUAAGUAGCAAAUAUGAAGAAUCGUCAGAGCUUAUACGAAACUAUGAAACAAAUAAACUGAGUAGUUUGGUUCAUGCCCAAGGAGGACCAAUUUUUAAGCCAAACAACUAUUCCUUGAAUGACUGGGCAUCGGAAGUGAAAGACAAUCUUGUUGCAAUUGAUCGCAGCGGCUCUCCGAUUUAUGAAUUGAUCAACUGGCGUAACUUUCCAGAAUAUUCACCACCUAUCGUAUAUGCUACAUUUCAAUACGUGAGGACGGCAGUGGAAGAAUACUACAGGUUUAAUACUUACCGUGGAUGUACAAAACUUGACUCGCCUAACUUUUCAUAUAUGGCUAAUUUUGAUGAUGGGACAUGUUCAAAUGACGUUGGCAACUAUACAUUCGGGGGGAUUUACCAAAAAUGCACACAGACUGGACAGUUGUAUAAAAAUAUAUGUACACGACAGAAAAACCCAUUAACAGGGGUCUUUUCUUGCCCAAAGGGAUAUGAGUCCGUUUUUCUAUUAAAAGGACACACUUCUUCUUCAGAAACUCGUCAAAGGUGUACAUCGUGUGGUUUUCUUUGGCUAUCAACUUGCUGUUCAUAUUAUUAUGUAUAUGGCACUGCGUACUAUGAAACAUAUUGGUGUGUAGGUACAGGUCAAAAUUAUCAUCACGCUGGCUUUCUUUUUGGGGGAAUUUAUACAAGUACGAUAGAAAAUCCACUUACCCAGGAACACGAAUGUCCACUUUAUUUUUAUCCCCUCACAAUGGGUGAUGAUAUUAAAGUUUGUGUGUCUGACGACUUUGAACUAGGAUUUCGAUACUCAAUAGCGUUUGCUGGACUGUUUAGUUGCAAGUCGGGUAAUCCAUUGGCUAUUAUGAAAGAAGAAGGUAAUAAAAGUAAUAAAAACGACACUAAAAGCAUACGUUCAUAUCUCAUUUCUGCAAAUUCUGAAUUAUGGCCCCAUGCCUGUCCAACAGGUUAUAGCAUGCAUCUAGCAGCCUUGGCAGAAUCAUGUGAAGUUAAUUACUGCGUUAAAUCAAUGUCGUUUUCCAAGAAAGAAUUUCCAAGAAUAAGAAGACCGCCAUUUAUUGAACUUCCGCACGAAGCGUUUCUUAAGGCAAAUAGUGACAAUGGCACUUAUCUGUCACAGACUGGGGCAAAUCAAUUGUCUAAGGGUUCUGAUUAUCAGGCAACUUCUAAAUUUGAAGAAAAGAAGAUAAUUAUAGCAUUGUCAGCCCUGCUUUCUGUGGCACUAAUUGCAAUUUUGGGUAUUUUUUUCGGAUUUUGCAUUAGAGCAAGAAGAAAGGGAAUCCGAAUGAAGAAUACGAAAAACAGUACAUAAGCUUGAGUGUUUAUCAUUUGUUUACUUACAUUUUGUGAAUUCUGUCUAUUGCUGAUUUUCAGUCGCAUGCUUCAUUUAAAAGGCUGGUUCUUUACGUAAUUUUGAGAACACAUUUAACCUGAAUUAGUAUCCUAGUUAUUCCAGUACAUGCUGCCUAAUUUCAAAAAAACUAACUAUAUCGUAGACUAUGCAAAAAUUAUUUUUGUUCUGAUGAAGAUUUCAUUUGUAAAGUUAUUUUUGACAUUAUUUUUGGAAUGCAUGUGUGGCGUUUUGCUGUAGAUAUUUUUUUUUCCCAUAUAAUAAAUAAUUUAAGAAAACAUAGGUCCUAUUAUUUAUAGGGACCGCAAUUUUAGUGCAUAUGAAAAUAUCUUACUUUGGUAUUUAUUUCUGUAUAAUUGCUUAAUAACACGGUAUUUACAGUCUUUGUCUUUAGCCAGUAUCAAUAGUCACAAAUAAAUUAUUUUCUAUUGUCAUAUAUUCAUAUAAUCAAUUAAAUCAAUUGGACCGAAUUUCAAUCAAUGAUCUACAUCGAAUCUUGUAUUGUAAUGAUGUUGGGUCAAGAAAUCAAUAAACUCUCAAUCAAUCUAA